AUGCGUUCUACUUUAACAGGAAAUUUCAGCAUUUGUUGCCAAAAAUUAAUUAUUUAUUUUGCUCCAUGGUUGUAUCUUGAUGAUGUCACUGCACAAGAGGCUAAUAUCUAUUAUAUAUCGAAUUUCACAAUAGUUUCAGAUUCUUACAUUAAAUUCCAAAAUUGCAGAAUUAAUAUAACCAAAGUAAGCAGUCUUAUAAAACUGCAAAGGAUUCAUGAUGGUACUCUCACGCAAAUUGGUAUUCCACCUGUUAAUAUUGAAUUUAGUGGAAAGAAUCACAUAAAAGAGUAUUCAAAAUUUAAUAAUUUGAAUAUUUCAGAAGGACCAAUAACAAUCUCUCCAAAUGUUUCUGUGAAUUGGCUUCAUUUAUUUGGAAACAUAACAGCUCUUGCUGAUUAUACAUUCAAUGAAGAUUCAAGUGUCUCAAUUUAUUCAGGACAAAUCAAUUCAUCAGUACCAAAAACGUUUAAGAUCAAGAAUUUAAGUGUUGUUAACACAGAUCUUUCAUUGACUAAUGUGACAUUUGUUCCAGAAAACUUUGUUAUCUCAGGAAGUAGUGAUAAUUAUGAACAUAACAUAUCAUGUCGAAGCAUUGUUAUCAAUCAAGAUUCACAUGCAUCAUUGAAUAGUCUUAAUGAUUUUUGUGAUAUUAUUUUCAAUUAUUCUAUUUAUCAAACAGGCUACUUAUUUGUUCACAACAUCACACAAUCAAGUGAAUGCAAUGUCACCGCACACUUCAUCAACAACGACAUUCGUGAUCAAGUUUUCUACAACGACGUCUGGGACAACUUCUCUAUCGACGUUCUUUGUUCGGACAUCUUCAAUGUUCAUUAUAUCGAUGCUAUCUUCAGCUCAUUCCACUGGAAUUUCAACUCAAGCACAAGUUACUUUGACAUGUCAAUCCAAAACAAAUCAUCACAAACAUGCAUUUCCAUUGUUCGUCGCACAGAUACACCAGAAAACUCAGAUAAACAUUCAUCUAAAAACAUCAAGAACAUCAUUAUCAUUUCUGUUUGUCUUUUCAUUGUUGUUGCUAUCAUCAUCACUCUUAUUAUUAUUCUUGUCAAACGUCAUCGCAAACUACAUGAUAUUGAACGUUUCAUGUCGGAUACAACAUCAAUAACCCUAUUAUAG